AAGCGACCAGCUAGUACUCCGCUCAGCUCGAGAGGAAGGAGCUGCCAAUCAGCAAUGGACGCCAAUAAAGCAGGUAAAGGGGAACAAGGGAUGCAAAUUCCAGGUGGGCAGGUGGACAGACCUGUCAGCUUCCACAUCAUGGAGAGCUUGCUUCCCAAAGUAGUGAAGAGGCGAGUGCAUGCCUUGAAAAGGCUACAGGUGCAGUGUGCUAACAUCGAGGCUAAAUUUUACGAAGAGGUCCAUGAGCUAGAGAGGAAGUAUGCUGCCCUCUAUCAGCCGCUCUUUGAUAAGCGACGAGAUAUUGUCACAGGAACAGUGGAACCAACAGAUGAGGAGUGUGAAUGGCACAGUGACAGGGACGAAGAGGAGGAGCUAGCUGAGGAAGUAAAGGAAAAAGCUGCUAUUGAGGAUGCAAAGAAAGAGGAAGUUACGCCAGAGGAAGAUCCAAAAGGCAUCCCUGAGUUCUGGCUCACCAUAUUCAAGAGUGUGGACAUGCUCAGUGACAUGCUACAAGAACAUGAUGAGCCCAUCCUAAAGCACCUGAAAGAUAUUCAAGUCAAGUUUUCUGAGCCAGGACAACCAAUGAGUUUCACAUUAGAGUUCCACUUUGAGCCCAAUGGUUACUUCAACAACGCAGUCCUCACUAAAGUCUACAAGAUGAAGUCAGAGCCUGAUGCCUCAGACCCUUUCUCAUUUGAGGGACCAGAGAUCAUUGACUGUGAAGGCUGUCAGAUAGAUUGGCACAAGGGGAAGGAUGUGACAGUGAAAACUAUUAAGAAGAAGCAGAAGCAUAAAGGCCGUGGCACUGUGCGCACUGUUACCAAACAGGUCCCAAAUGACUCAUUCUUCAACUUCUUUAACCCUGUCAAAGUUUCACCAGAUGGAGAAAUGGACGAAGACUCUGAGUUCACCCUAGCCACAGACUUUGAGAUUGGUCAUUUCUUCCGUGAGAGAAUAGUUCCCAGAGCAGUGCUGUAUUUCACUGGAGAGGCCCUGGAAGAUGACGAGAGUUUUGAAGAGGAGGAGCUGGAAGAGGGAGAUGAAGAGGAGCAAGAUGAGGAGGGUGAUGAUGAUGAUGACGAGGGAGACUUUGACCCCAAGGCAUAAUCACUCAUUCUCACCCCAUGCAUUUCUAGAAAGAACAGCCCCAGCCUGCCGAAUGCAAACAGCAGUAACCAUGGUGAUCAGGGGAGGCGGAGACCUGCUGUCCGUCAAAUCAGUUCUUAGCCAAUCAGCAAGUCCUCCUACUCUUGCAGUCUCCGCCCUUUUAUGAACUCUCAUCUGAACGCAAUAGAACGCAAACCAAACUGCGUUUUUACUAUGUGCAUGACUUAUUUUUCUUUUGUCUUGCGCCCAUCACACCCCUUUUUUAUUUUGCUUCAAUCGACCUCAGAGCGGAAGCGACUUGAGUGUAAUUUAAACGCCAUAGCAUCACAUAGGGACAGUCUUCUUCUUUGGUAAGGUGGAGUAGGUUACUACUGCCAAGAACUUCAGAGCAUCACCAUAUGGAUAAAGAUAGGAAAGGAAUGGAUCCCAACUCUAGUUUUCAUGGAAAUAAAUCAGUUACUCAGGGUUUUUUAAUGCCAACAAGAGAAGUGUUAGUUUACCAGGAAACUGCUGAACAAAUUUGACUUAAUCUUUCACUGGGGUUGUUUUUCUUUUUGUUAUGGUGUUUUUUAAGAGACAUACAAUGUAUCAUUUUGAAUUUAAUUUUCUUUUUUAAAUGUUCAUUGUCAUGUCAUUGGACUAUUUAUUCUGGUGUCAUGCAGCUGUAUGAAGUGGUGCGUUUUGGGAACUCUCGAGGCCCAGCCACAGUUAUAUGCUUAUUUCUCAUUGGCUCAAAUCUUAUUUGGGCUUAGCAGGUAAACAAAAAGUGAAUACUGCCAAGUCAUGUUUUUUUAUUAUCAAAAUGUAUUUCAAACAUUGAAAAAUUGUGUUCUGCAUUAUUUUGCUCACCUCUGCCCACAUGUAUGGGGCUUAACAAGCAUUUAAACUGAGCACUUGAGUGGACACAUGUAACACUACUUUAGAUCAUGUGACAGGCAUGUGUGGAGGUACUGUGCAUACAUUGUACCUCAGAGCUGUCAUAUAUUGCUCUUCCUGAUUGCCCCAUCACUCCUUUAACGUUCUUUCCACUUGUGUUAACAUGGAUAACAAGGAUUAUUUAUGAAAUUCAAACAUUUCCGAAGUACAAACUUCAGUCAGGCUUUCUGCUGCCCAGUCAUCACAUUCAGUCUGUUGAAUACUUUCUUUAAGAUGACAGAUUUAUGUUAGUGUCUCUCUACUGGUAUUUAUCUAGUUCUUAACAAAUGUCAUUUAGAGUCUGUCUUAUGACAGGGUGCAGGAUGUUUGGAUCAAAUGUGAACGUGGAGGAUUCAAGACUUUCUUUGCCAUGAAGCCAAAACACAACCGUCCUCUUUUAUUAAAUUGUUUGCCAAUUCUUAUUAACACCAUUUAAUCUAAUUCAGCGUUUAAAGUUGUUUAAAAUGUAUAAAUAAAAUUGUCUAAUGAUUCAGUAGAAUGUCUGUGGGAAACAAAUGGAACAGGUUGCCAAUGUAUUUUAUACUGCAUUUGAUCAUCGAUAGCAGUGACAGUGAAAUAAUACCCAUCCCCCUCUCUUUUUAAAAGAACGAUUGUAGAUCUUGUUGGACAGAUCUCUCAGAGCCACGGUUGACAUCUUCAAAUCCACCACAUUGGACCGUGUGCUAGCAAUGGCCUUAACUGGUUCUUAUUCACAAUUUGUUACUUGCGCAAUAUUUCUUUUCAAUUUGUACAGAGUUAGUUAAGAUAUUCUAUUAAAGUUGUGCGACAUGGAAAUAUGUCUCUGCAUGUCUUC